AUGGCAUUUUCUCUAUUGAGGAAAGUCAACGAAAAGGUGUUGAGCUCAGUUUCUCUUCUAGAUGCCUCACUUGACGUUGACUAUAUUAUAGUUGAUGUAAGGGACUCAAUUACCUCUAAUAAACCCGAAAAGGUUGAGGCAGGGAUUAAUUCUCUAGUAGAAUUUGGAGAGAAAAAUAGAAAUGCCUUAAUUUUACAGAGAGAGUGGGUACAGCUCGUGUUUUGGGUAAUUGAUUGGAUGGGGAAUGACAUUAAUUUGAAUAUCCUUUCAAGUAUACUCCAGUUAAUAAUAAGGAUGAUGAAUGAUAAUAAAGGGAAUUCUAGGUUUAUAAGUUGCUGUGAUCUUCCAGAUCUUUUUCCCACCGAGAAAAAUCCAAUAAUAGUCGAAAAUGCAAAGAUUAUUGAAGAAAUUGCCAAUGUGAGUAAAGGGGGUACCCAAUUACUUGAAACUUUGAGACAUAUAAAUUACAAAGAGGCAGACAUUUAUGUUAAGUAUGAUAUUGUGAAGAUCCUUAGUACAAUUCAAAAGAGUGGAUUAGGUAACUUUAAACUGGAUCAAAUAAUUCUUUCUCAGGGUGAUUGCAUGGGGUUACUUUUGGAGCUUAUAACGGACGGUUUAAACAACCAUAGCUCUUACUUACAGAACUCUCUUGAACUAUUAAUGUUUUUAACUAAAUCAAAUUCGGAAAUACAAAAGAUUAUUACUUAUAAUGGCUCUAUUUCAAAGAUUUUAAACAUUAUUCAGGAAGAGACGCAACAAUUUAUCAAAAAGGAUGGAUCCCACAAGGGAUUUAUUAAUUCUGAUGACAUCAUAAAUGAAUUUCUAUUGAUCACUGACUUUGAAUCAGCAAUAUACUCCAAUCUUGAGAUUAUUCAAAUUUCUGUAGAAAUUAUAUUUCACAUUACAAAAUCCCAAAAUUGCUUAAAGUUCAUUUUGGAAGCGAGUAAUGAAGCUUUAAGUUUUCUGGAUGUUUUGACGGAUCUUAUUGGUUUUUGUCUCUUAUUUCUAGAAUAUAGUUUGUAUAACAAUGAGAUGUAUAAUGUUGAUGUGAUAGAGGGUGGGGAAAGUUUAUUAGGAAAUGAACAGAAUUUGAUCCUUGCAUCAAUUAUAUUAAGAGUAGUUGAAAUUUCAAACUCUUAUAUCCAAACAAUGAAUAUUGAAAACGCCUUAAAUAAGACUCAGAAAAUGAGGGAAAUACUUAAUACGAUGAUUGCUAGUCCAGUUUUAAUAAAGUUUGGUCUUUUAGAGAAGGUGAUGCAAUUUAUACAGACUUUUCAAGAUCAGAAUCAAAUUAUUAACCCAGAAUGGUGCUCUAUGGUGUUAUCUUCUGCUCUAACUCCUGAACUUUGGUUUGGAUUUAAUAAGAUUCUUUCUGACUAUAGACCUACAAUAGAUUACAUUACUGAAAAUAAGUCUUCUGAAAUUGAACAGCAUGCUAAGCAAAUCCAAGAGUUUAAGGAAAAGUACAUGAACCAAAUGGAAAAUAGUCUUCUAGAGUGGUUUGGGAUUGUGACAAUACCCAAAAAUUUUUCUUUGAACUUGCUUAUUUCAAGAGAUGAUUCGGUAUUUAAACUCCUAAUAAAUAACCAACAUUUUAGCUCAUUUUCUUUAAAUAAACUUGGUUCUUCUCAAGAUAAUAUUUUCAAAGAUUUUAUUUCAUUUUGUUUUUGGUUUAGUGUUACAGAGUUCCGACGCUUACACAAUAAAUCAGUUUUCUCAAGACUAGAAGCUCAAUUAGCCGGGGAAAAUCAUUUACAAGAUUCUCAAGAAGAUGGAAGUAUUCUCAAUUUAACACUGAUUUUUCAUUAUAGACUAUUCAGAUGCAUUCAGGUCUUACAGGUUCUAGUUUUGAACGGAUUAGGCUCUUCAGCAAAGAUUGAACUCAAAAUUAAUGAUAUUUCAUCAUUAGUUAACAAUAUAUGGGAAAAUGGACAGCAGUAUGAUACUGACAAAUCAAUAAAUUCAUCGAAUUCUUCCCAAAGGGAAAUCUUUGAAAAGCUAAUAGACCUCGGAAGACUCAUGAUCACAGAUGUAUCUAAAGCUUUGGAAUCUGAAUCCAAUGUUUUAUUUCUGAGCUUAAUUAAAACUUAUGGAAUUAAAGAGGGGGACGAAAACAAACCGACAAAUAAAAACUCUCAUCUUUUCAACUCCAUGACUACUUUAACUCAAAUAAUAAUCUUUUUAAUUGCAUUGAAUGUUAAAAACUUGGAUGUUGAAAUCCCAAAUUCUUUUAUUCAAAGCAUUAAGCUUCUUGAUGAAAAGCUUAAAAACCAACUUAAUAAAGACUCCUGCUCACUUAUUUCUGAUGUAAUUUCCGUCUUACUCUUCAGAUUUGGAGCUCUAAAAAAUACUAACAUCUUGAAUCAAAUUAACAAAAGAUUCAAAAAUCAUUUUUAUGAUGCAUUUGUCAUUAAUAAACAAACGCAUGCAUGCAUAUUACAUGCAAUUCUUUAUUGCGCGGGGAACAGAGGUAUAUAUUCGAAGGAGGACCUUUCUUUCAAAGAAAAAAUUGAUCCGGAGAUUUUUGACCCAACAGAACAGGAUAUCUCUUUAAAGAACGAUGAUGAGUGUGUGAACUGCAUCUAUUUAAGUGAAAAGAUGUUGAAUGAGAGAAAAAGUUUAAUUAAGAUAAUAAAGAAAAAACAAGAGGAAAUUAAUAUAUUGGUCAAAGCUUAUAUGGACUCCCAAGAGGCUUUGAAAAAGACUUCACUGAAUCAAGAUGAAGCUAUGCCUAAGAGAGAUGGUUCACGCCAGAAGAAUGUAGCUAAUGAGAAGAUGAUUGACACUUCUGAUUAUUUUGCUCUUCUAGAAAUGGUGGGAAUUUUAUACAGAAAAUUCCCAGUUAUCAAGAAAUUUGUAGAAAACCACAUAAUGUUGUCUUCUCAGCUCAAAUCAGAAAUUUCUUCUUAUUCGUUAGAUGAGGACACCCAAAAUAUUGAGUAUGAAUAUAUGACAGAUUCAGAAGAAGUUUUAUUGGAAGAAAAUGAUCAGAAUAAUGAAAAUAACACUAGCAUUAUGUUUGGCGAAGAUACACAAGAUAAUCUAAUAAAUCGCGAAGCUCGAAACUAA